AUGUCUGAUCGUGGUCGAUCUCCAGGCCCCUCCGGCCAGGGCUCGUCUGGCUCUCGCCUCCCUUCCAGGGCUCCUCAAGGUUCUGCUCCAGGGAGUCGAACCGGCUCGCCUUCACGAUCGGGUCAGGCAGCUGCUGGAUGGGUCUCUGGCCCUGGCUACGAUCCCGCCAAACCAGCUACGCAGCCUGAUAAGGGGAACACCAGGAUGGAGCUCCCUCCGGAUGCUUACGUGACCGAAGGGCAGAAGGACCUAUUCGCUUUGAGAGGGAACAAGUUCAAUACAGAAGGUAGCAAUGCCGUGAUUGAAGUUAACCAAUAUCGAAUGAAAAAGUUCGAUUUCGCGCAAAAGAUCUAUCAAUACGACGUGAUUAUUUCCCCAGACAAUGAACGAAAGUCUGUCUUGAUGAAAAAGAUUUGGACAAACACAGCUACGAAGGCUGCGUUGCAAAAGUACCAAUACAACAUGUGGAUCUUCGAUGGUCGUAAACUCGCUUGGGCUCCAGGCAAGGUUGAUCGUGGCGAGCUUCGCUUCACUGUCGACCUGGACGAGGGUAAGCGACCACCAGGGGCUCAGGCCCGAGAAGGAGCUCGGUUUCAUGUGACCCUUCGGGCCACAACCGAAGUCCAUAUUGGUGCGAUUCAAGGCUAUUUGGAUCGCAAGAUUCAGUUCAACACCAAUGUCCAGGUGGCCCUCAAUUUUAUGGACCAUCUCCUGCGCCAAUGGCCAUCGCAACAUAUGACAGCUAUCAAAAGAAACUUCUACAGUGCCUCGGGAAGUGGUCGACCUCUUUUGGAUGGUAACGUACUGGAAGUUCACAAAGGGACUUACGCAUCUAUUCGCAUGAGCCACAACAUUACUCGUGGCGGAACCGGCCUGGCUCUGAACGUUGAUGUUGCCAACACUGUCUUCUGGACUGGGCCACAGCCAGUCGACCAACUUAUGUGUAACUUCCUCGUUUUGUGCGAUCGCAAAUGGAGAGGCCUCAAUCCUUCGACUAUUGGUCAAGUGCUUCGACCUGUGCGAAAUAAUGAGGGUAGAUAUCAGUCAUCGGAUGCAUUCAAGCAUUUGCGAAAACUGAGAAAGCUCAAAUUUACUGUCACACACGCCAAUCGACCUGCAAGUGACAAAGUGUAUACCAUCAUGGACUUUGCUUUUGAUGAAAAGUAUGGAGGCGAAGGCGCCACUGCCAGAACUGUCACUUUUGAAUGCAAUGGAACUCAGAUUUCUGUUGCCGACUAUUACAAGCAAAAGUAUAAGGUACAUCUGAAGAACCCCAGUUUGCCUCUUAUCUUUGCUGGAAAGGGGGGCUUUAUUCCUAUGGAGUUUGCCAUCAUCGAGCCCAUGCAGCGUUACGCUUUCAAGCUGACGCCGGACCAAACGGCUGCCAUGAUCAAAAUUGCAGUCACAAAGCCCCAGCAACGUCGGGCUGACACUGAGAACAAUUACAAGGGCCUUCAGCUCUCAACAGAUCCAUACUUGAAAAUGUAUGGAGUUGAAUUCGAGCCUACAUUCACCAAGACCGAUGCUCGGAUUCUACCUCCUCCUCAAGUCAACUUUGGCCAGGGAAAUGCAGACCCCAAGUUUGCUGGUCGCUGGGAUCUUCGAGGUAAGAAGUUCUGGAAACAGAACGUUGCGCCGUUGCAGAAUUGGGCGUUUAUCGUUAUGGAUGCUUGUGUUGGGUACCAGCAGUUGCAAAACUUUGCGAAGACAUUUCGCAACGCAUUUCUUGCGCAUGGAGGCAAAUGCCCAGCAGAUGCCCUGUUAUUGAACGUGCCGGGAGACGUCAAGAACGAUGUCGCUCAAGCCAUUGCCUGGGCCCAUAAGCAAAUCUGUCUGCAGAGGGGCUAUACCCAGCUGCUUUUCGUCGUUGUUCAGCACAAGAACAGCCCACAUUAUGAACGGCUGAAGAAGUCUGCAGAUUGCCGAUUCGGCAUUCUUUCUCAGGUUGUCAAUGGCUCGGCCGUUGCCAACAAUAAUGGGCAGUACCAUUCUAAUGUGUGCAUGAAGGUCAAUGCCAAGCUUGGGGGAGCUACCUCUCGCACACUUCCUCCAUGGAAAAGCUCGCCGACUUACUUCCCCAAGGAUCGCCCAACAAUGAUUAUUGGCGUUGACAUCUCGCAUGGGGCUCCUGGAGGUGGCUCGCCGUCUACUGGCGCCAUGACCAUGUCUAUUGAUCGAGACGCAAAUAGGUAUGCUGCUGUGGUGGAAUCCAACGGAUACCGUGUGGAAAUGCUUACCGCUGCCAAUAUCCAUGUUAUGUUUGGACAGUUGGUCAAGUAUUGGAUGGCUGGUCACGAGGGCGCCUUUCCAAAGCAUAUCAUUUACUUUCGAGAUGGUGUUGCGGAGGGACAAUUUGCUCAAGUCUUGGACCAAGAAAUUCGGGAGAUCAAGACUUAUCUCCGGGAGAAAGCACCAAACGCGCAGCCCCCCAAGUUCACGGUGAUUGUCGCCACGAAAAGACACCACAUUCGCUUCUAUCCACAGAAGGGAGAUAGAAAUGCCAAUGCCCUGCCUGGCACUCUCGUCGAAAGAGAGGUAACUCACCCAUUCAUGUGGGAUUUUUACAUGUGUUCGCACGUGGCCAUCCAAGGUACCGCACGGCCAGUGCAUUAUCAUGUCAUCUUAGACGAAAUGGGAAUACCGGUCAAUGACUUGCAAAAGAUGAUUUAUCAUCAAUGCUAUUCCUACGCCCGCUCAACCACACCAGUUUCCCUCCAUCCUGCCGUUUACUACGCGCAUUUGGCUUGUGCUCGAGCACGAGCACACGAAAACGUUGCCAGUAGUGAAGGAUUUAGGGCUGGUGCAAAGGGCCACGAAAUGAUCCGUGAUCAAGUUGCAAUGGGGCAGACUAUGGAAGGUCCUUCACGAGGCAUAGACGCACCUCCUUUGCUCCAGCUUGGAGGUAAACCAGAAGGUGACAAGCCUCCUGCCGAUGGCGAGAUGCGGCAGAGAGAUUUUAUCAGAGGUACUAUGUGGUACAUUUGA